AUGGCAGACGCAGAUGAUACUCUUGGAAGUACCUUUAGUGUUAAAUUUGAUGAUAUAUUUGCAUAUGCAGAUACUGAAGAAGUGAGUAUUGAUGUUGGUGAAGCACAGCUGCCAUCGCUGGGAGAGCUAGACCGAAAAGAUAAAAGGGAAAUAUAUGUGGCAGCAGCUUCAGGAAAUUGGAGUGAGACUUCCUCAUGUUGCCGAAUCCAUCCUUAUUGGUGGCAAAUUCCAAUGACUAAUAGCAGACUUACAGCCCUACACAUUGCUGUAAUUAUGGGAAAAACCAGUUCUGUACAAAAGCUGAUAAGUUGUAUGAACAUGCAAGAUUUGGAAAUUCCCAUGGCAGAUAGGAAUACACCCUUUUGUUUGGCUGCCAUAACAGGCAACAUCCCAAUUGCUGAAAUUCUGCUGAACAAGAAUGGAAGGUUGCUGUGGAUUAGAGGCCGAAAAAAUAUGCUGCCGAUUCAAUUAGCAUCUUCUGCAGGCCACCUUAAAAUCACACACUUCUUACUUCAAAAAACAUUAAAGGACCUACACGACCUACACAACAAUCUAACAUUCCAAGAAGAAAUCGUCAAGCUAUUUUUCUUUACCAUCACCAACAACCUUUACACUGUGGCAUCAGACUUGUUGGAUCGCUAUCCAAAAUUGGUUACUGUAGAAAAUGAAGAGCGAUCGACACCUUUGGAAAUCCUUGCUCAACUUUCAUUGUCCAAGGAAAUUACUGACCAUCUAAAGUUAGUGAGCUCGAUGUUUAAGCGAAUGGAAGAAGUGAAAGAGUCUCUCAACUCUGAACAAUUGUCAAAGGCGAUGUUUGAUGCAGCAAAAUCUGGAAACGUUAUGAUAUUAGAAUUUCUUUUUGAGUACCAUCCAUAUUUGCUAUUUGAAGUGAGUUCAGAGAAAAGAAGCUUACUUCACAUUGCUAUUCUAUAUCGACAAGAAGAUAUAUACCGACUAAUAUUAAGCAAGGGAGAUUCCAAGGAUUUGAUGACACAAUUAGUUGAUUUUGAGGGUAACAAUGUUCUUCACUUAGCUGGAAAAUUGCGUCCUGAACCAACAUUUGUAUUACCAGCUGAACAUGUUCUAAUGCGUAGCGAGGAGUUAUGGUUUCAGGUAUACAAUUGUACUUGA